AUGAAGUUCCCUUGGACCUCUCGGUCGACCUCGACGCGGUCCCCAGUAGAUGAACAGCCCACGGCAUCCCGAGGCCAUGGCGCUGAGGGGACGGAGACAGGAUCUUCACGAAAUUCUGUCGCGCCGGAGACAUGGCUGGCGAGCAUUAAUAUCGAUGAGACAUCCAGGUACAAAGCGAUUAUCAAAUUCCUGCACGCACGACUGCUGGCCUGUCAAUGGAUUUCCUCUACCGCCGACUCUCCGGCCCCGUGUCAUGGCCUCCUGCUCCGACGGUCUCGAGGCGUGUACAUCUCAGAGCCAGAGAUAGUCAACCCCUUGCUUCUGGCGGCGGUUCAGGCGCUGAAUGUCGAAGUCGCCUUCACCAUGAGCACGGAGUCCACGAGGAUUAUUGCCUCGUCAUUGCAGCCGGAUCAAACUGAAGUCGUCCUCCCCAGUGGCUCUCAGCUGCAGGUUAUAGAUUCGAUCCGGGACCUCUCUUCGUCUCCUCCGUCCCUCGUGAAGAAAUUCCAAUAUGCGGCGCUGCUGCGGGAGGAGCAUGUACUGUUGGUGUGGCAUGACCGGCUGGAGAACAUCCUGGAUCAUGUAGCCGACCUGGAGGAGAGGCUGCUGGCUUUGGUUUGCGGAACAUCCUUACCUUUCUUCAGCACUCGCAAUCGCUCCGUCCUGCAAUCCCAAGUGACCUCUCCGGGCACAUCUACCUCGCAUCUAUCCGUCGAGCCCGUCGAAAAAUACCUCGCAGUGUCGUCAAAAUCGAAGGCCGAGGAAGCAUCUAAGACGGACAUGGAGGCUGCCCCCCCUGCUGAGUCUCUAGACCGGCCCUUGGCGUUGACCAGCGCCAUCUUUGUCGGUUUGGCGAUGUGCCUCAUGAUAGUACUUCUGCUAGGGUUCGGUAUCAGUAACCUUGUGUUUCAAACCUUGAUCGAUGGCGGCUUCAUCCGUAUGGCCUUGAUCAUCACCGUGCCCUUCUUCCUACUACUCAGCAUGUUUUUCUUCGUCGUCCUCUUCACAGAUCUCUUCCAGGCUGCUGGCCCCAUCAAGACCCUCCAGACUAACUCCCGUUUCUAUUCCGCCGUUCGUCCCAAUCUGAACCGUGCUUGGGGGCAGGGCUUCACUCCCCACGGAUCACCAUCCAGAUGCCUGUAUACACGGAGUCAUUGGAGGGUGUCCUCCUACCGACAAUUCGAAGUCUCCAAGAAGCCGUCUCUCAUUAUGAGUCCCAUGGAGCGAGGAUGGAUACGUCCGGAAAGGCAAGUUCAAAAAGCAUCGAACAUGAAUUUUGCGCUGAAUGUCUCCAACCGCGUCGAGGACGAAAUGCUACAUCGUCUGGCGCAGCAUCUGUCAAUCAGCGAUCUGAUCGAUCCGGCUGAAGAGGCUGUCUGCUAUCAGCGAGCCCUAGAGCACGUCCUCGAAUCCGACCUGCGUAUCCACGCAGGAGGCGAUAUUCGUAUCGGGGAGUUGAUAUUGAUCGUGGACUCGGAUACGCGAGUACCUGUUGAUUGUCUGCUCCAUGGCGCGGUGGAGAUGUAUCUGAGCCCGGAGGUAGCCAUCGUACAGCAUGCAACCGGCGUCAUGCAGGUGUCCUGGGAUUAUUUCGAGAACGGCAUUGCCUUCUUCACGAAUCUCAUCUAUUCCGCUAUUCAGUUUUCCGUGGGCAGUGGGGAGACCGCACCCUUUCGGUGCAAUCCGUCGGCCGUGACGAUCCCGAUGGAAGAUUUCGACUUGGCCCUGCGGCUACAGAUCGCCGGCAAUGUUAUUAGACUCGCUAACUACCACCACCGUGAAUUUAAGGAGGGUGUCUCUCUCACUAUUUACGAUGAACUUGCACGAUGGGAGAAAUAUGCGUACGGUUGCAAUGAACUAGUCUUUAAUCCCUUGCGGACGUGGCUCUGGAGAGGUCCUUGUACCCGACUCUUCAUGACUUUUCUCUGGUCCAAUCUCCAGCUCUCCUCUAAGCUCACCAUUCUCGGUUACAUCUCCUCGUACUAUGCCAUUGCAUCUGGAUUCCCUUUAAGCAUUCUGAACUACUUUCUAGUCGGUUGGUUCAAUGGCUAUCUGGAUAAAUUCUACAUGGAGUCCUGGAAAAUCUUCCUCAGUCUCAUCAUCGUAUUCUCCGGCUUCGGCAACGUCACCUUAGCCAUCAUCCGCUAUCGACUAGGUGAGAAAAGUCUGGGGCCCGCAUUACUAGAGAAUUUUAAAUGGAUGCCCAUGUUCGCUAUCUUCUUCGGCGGUCUAUCCUUCCAUCUAUCGCGGGCGAUCCUGGCGCACAUGUUCAGCAUCAAUAUGCAAUGGGGCACCACAGCGAAAGAGAAAAUCAACUCAAAUUUCUUCAAAGAGAUGCCCAAGAUCUUCCAGACGUUUAAAUGGCUGUAUGCUGUCCUUCUUCCCUUGGUGCUUGGCAUGAUCUAUCUCGGGUGUUUUGCCCCAGGGGUGGGAGAUCACUUCUGUUGCUGCUGUCGUGCCGGCGUCCGUUAUGAUUGUCUCACAUGCGAUGUUGCCGGUGGUGUUGAACCCUUCGUUGAUGGUGUUUAA